ACAAAUUUAAUUUAAGAUUGUACCAAUUGAACUAUUACCCUUAAAAAAAACGAGGGGUAUAACAAGCUACACUGCCUACAUAUACAUCAAUACAUGAUACAUCUUAUGAGUUUCAUUCCAUCCUCAAUUAUUACAUAACAAGGUCUUUUUAUAUUAAAAUGGCACCCACCAAACUUUAUUGUCGGCUUUACAUUUUUUACUCUAAGAAACCAACAACGAAUUGAACCGUCCCCCCGCUUAAAAGGACACAACUAUCCAAUAAUACACUAACUACUGUAACUAGUACUUGGUAUUAUAUUAGCUCAAGUGCUCUACCCUUCAUUCUACCACUAGAGCUCAGCUCACCCCACUCAUGGAUGCUCAAUUACAACCCCGACAAAUUCAUCCCACCAAUGAUCACUACCACCCACAAAGCCACCCAAGCCGUAGUAACAGCACUCCUGAAAUCGGCUCAUCGUCGCGGUCAUCAUCGAAUUCACCUUCAGGAAUCACCCGUACACUAUCAUCAGAUUCGCAACCCGAGACGCCGAUUAACCGUAUUAAUGCCCUUCACUACUCAAUGCUCAUCAAUAACGACAUCGUUGGCUUGCAUAAAGAAAUCGGCCACGACUGCAAUUACUCGAGUCUAGUCUUAGAAGACAACAAUGACACCAUCCUUCAUAUAGCAGCAAGUCUUGGCCUAACAAACAUAAAUACAAUCAUACAACGAAGUCCGCAACUUCUUGACCUUCAAAACACUAAAGGUGAUCUUCCUAUCCAUGUUGCUGCACGGUCGUGCCAGAUUGAGGCUGCCAAGAGUCUACUGUUUCAAGUUAAUCAAGCCGAUUUGAUUAAAUGGUUGAAGAGACCAAACGAAGAUGGCAAUACUGCCCUACAUAUAGCAUUAGAGAAUCAACAAAAGGAAUUGGGUAGGUAUUUGUUUGCAAAAUGCCCAAAUACGUUCUAUCAGUUGAAUUUUCAUGGGUUUUCUCCCCUUUAUUUGGCUAUCAAAGCCGAGUUUUGGGAUCUUGUUAAAUUCAUGCUCAGUGAAGAUUUUGUUACUUCAGAGUCUGAGGAGAAAUUAUCAGCAAGAUCGGCAAAAUCAGUUGUUCAUGCUAUUAUUCUAGCAAAAAAGAAAGAUAUCUUCGAAAUGAUGUUUCAAAAUUACAACGAAAUGGUCCUAUAUAAGACAGAUGAACUAGGAAAAACACCAUUGUCAUACGCUGCCUAUACAGGCUUCCUAGACGGGGUUAAGUGCAUAAUCAAUGAUAAGAAUUCUCAAAACCAAGCCUACAAUAUCGACGAAAAAGGCUACUAUCCAAUCCAUUGGGCUUGCAGCGGAGGCAAUGUUGAAAUAGUCAAGCUUUUUAUAUCCUGUUUGCACGAUAACACGAGGUUUAUGCUAACCAAAAAUGGACGGAACAUCCUUCAUGAGGCUGCCGCGAAUGGGAAAGCUAAGGUUGUCAAGUUUAUCUUAGGACAGCCGGAGCUCGGGAUGAUGAUCAACAUGAAAGAUGGAGAAGGCAACACUCCCUUGCAUUUGGCUUCAAAGUGGAGACAUCCUAAGGUGGUUUAUCAAUUUACUUGGGAUGAUAGGGUCAAUUUAUCUGCUCAGAAUAAGGAGGGAUGCACUGCCCUUGACAUUGCUGAGGAUAUUGGACUAAUCGGAGAUCAUAUUCCUUCGUUUGAAGAGCGGUUGACUUGGUUAUCCUUGAGAAAUGCCGGUGUUCCAAGAGCCCCACAACUACACAAUGUAAACAUAAACAUAGUAGGGCAAGACAUGACUAGGAAUAACUCUUUUGGUACCCAAACCGCCUACAUGUUACUUGACCCAAAAGGAAACCCAAUAAGGAACCAUCCCUUAAGGAAACGUAAACACAAGUACAAGGAAAGAAUCAACACACUUCUAUUGGUAGCUACCCUAGUAGCCACCGUGACCUUCGCCUCCGGCUUCACCGUCCCAGGUGGUUUUAACAACAACAAUCCCAAGGUAGGUAUGGCUACCCUUGCCCACAAGUGUGCCUUCCAAGUUUUUGUGAUAACCAACACCAUCGCGAUGUAUACCUCCAUCCUCACUAUGGUCACCCUCAUUUGGGCCCAGCUCGAUGAACUUAGGCUCGUCUUGCUAUCACUCGACUUUGCGGUACCCUUGCUUGGGACUUCCCUAGCCAUGAUGUCGGUGGCGUUCAUGGCGGGUUUGUAUGUGGUGUUGUAUAAUGUAGUUUUUUGGCUAGGCCUUGUGGUAUUAGUCAUGGGAGGGAUGUUCUUAGGGGCAUUAUUAGUUUUCUUUAUUCCUCUCUAUUCGCCAAGAUCUUGUAUUAGGAAUAAGAUAUUGCGUAAUGUUUUUCAUGUUCCCUUCGCCCUCAUGUUGUUAGCUUGUGAGAAGGAUAAGAGUGGAAAACAUUAUUGAUUUUCUCUGUAUAUAUUUAAGAGAUGUAAAUUAAAGUAUUGUUAAUUAA